GUGUCCCGGAGCGCAGAGGCCGCGGGGGCCGGGUGAAACACUGUACCUCGGGGAACUGAGCCGUGACGGCUAAUGGGGACAGGUCGGGACGGGAACCGGGACGCGGGGAGGGGAGCGCGCGCUAAGGUGGACCGUGUACGGGACGAUCCCAGGAGACCCGGGCGCGGGGCACUCGGACCCAGGGAUACUUCUGCCCGCUGUCCCCAGUGGUUCUGGGCCCGGCCCACCGCGCUUAGGGGCGCGCGGGGUGGAGCUCCCACGUACAGUAGGUGACCCAGGUGCGGGGGAAGGAUCGCGCGUGCAAGACACUCGGUGUGUGUUGUGUCCAUGUGUGCAAGCUCGGAUAGGGCAGGGGGCGCAGAAGGCGUGACAAAGACAUCGACUUUGCGACUGAGUGUGCCCCUCGUUCUAGUCCGGGGCGGCGAAAUGUGCCCCGCGCGCGUCUCCCGGGAGAGCCAGGAGGAAGGUGACAAAGGCUAGGUGUCCGCCCCAGAGAGACGCACCAAGGUGGCCCCCGCGCGUUGCUCGUGUGUGCGCGCGCUGGGACUCGCGGAGACCGAGAGCCCUCCGGCGAACUGUGUGGGGCCGCUCCCCAAGCCGCUUUCCGGAGCGAAAGCCGAGUCCUCCAAGUGUGUGCGCGUGAGUGCGCGCGCGCCCGCGUGCGGGGGCGUGGCAGUAAACAGCAACAACCCACCCGCCAGCUGGGCCAGAAACUCCGAUCUCGCUCCGGAGCCGGAAAGGGCGUCUAGUCGGAGCCCGGAGGGACCCAGCUGGAGCCUGGCCUGGCAUCCAGGAUGGCCAUCCACAGAGCGGUGCUGAUGUGUCUGGGACUGCCCCUCUUCCUGCUCCCAGGGGCCUGGGCCCAGGAGCAGGCCCCGCCCGGCUGCAGCCCCGACCUCAACCCCCUCUAUUACAACCUGUGUGACCGCUCUGAGGCUUGGGGCAUCAUCCUGGAAGCCGUGGCGGGGGCGGGCGUCGUCACCACCUUCGUCCUCACCAUCAUCCUCGUGGCCAGCCUUCCCUUCGUGCAGGACACCAAGAAGCGGAGCCUGCUAGGAACCCAGGUGUUCUUCCUGCUGGGGACCCUGGGCCUCUUCUGCCUCGUCUUCGCCUGCGUGGUGAAGCCCGACUUCUCCACCUGUGCCUCCCGGCGCUUCCUCUUCGGGGUCCUGUUCGCCAUCUGCUUCUCCUGCCUGGUGGCCCAUGUCUUGGCCCUCCACUUCCUGGUCCGGAAGAACCACGGGCCCCGGGGCUGGGUGAUCUUCCUGGUGGCCCUGCUGCUGAGCCUCGUGGAGGUGAUCAUCAACACGGAGUGGCUAAUCAUCACACUGGUGCGGGGAGCCAGCACCGAGGGUGAUGCCCCGGGCAACGGCAGCGCGGGCUGGGUGGCCGUCUCCCCCUGUGCCAUCGCCAACGCAGACUUUGUCAUGGCGCUCAUCUACGUGAUGCUGCUGCUGCUCUGCGCCUUCACGGGGGCCUGGUCGGCCCUGUGCGGCCGCUUCAAGCGCUGGCGGAAGCACGGGGUCUUUGUGCUGCUCACCACGACCACCUCCAUCGCCAUCUGGGUGGUGUGGAUCGUCAUGUACACCUACGGCAACCGGCAGCACAACAGCCCCACGUGGGAUGACCCCACGCUGGCCAUCGCCCUCGCCGCGAACGCCUGGGCCUUUGUCCUCUUCUACGUCAUCCCUGAGGUCUCCCAGGUGACCAGGUCCAGCCCGGAGCAGAGCUACCAGGGGGAUCUGUACCCCACCCGAGGCGUGGGCUACGAGACCAUUCUGAAAGAGCAGAAGGGCCAGAGCAUGUUUGUGGAAAACAAGGCCUUUUCCAUGGACGAGCCAGCCUCAGCUAAGAGACCGGUGUCACCAUACAGCGGGUACAACGGGCAGCUGCUGACCAGCAUGUACCAGCCCACUGAGAUGACCCUGAUGCACAAAACCCCGUCCGAUGGAGCGUACGACGUCAUCCUCCCGCGGGCCACCGCCAACAGCCAGGUGACGGGCAGUGCCAACUCUACCCUGCGGGCCGAGGACAUCUACGCGGCCCAGAGCCGCCAGGAGGCCACGCUGCCCAAGGAAGGCAAAAACUCUCAGGCUCAGUCCCCGCAAAAUAGCACGAGAUGGUAGACGCCCUCUUCCCUGGACCGCAUGGCGUUCAGAGGUCCUCUUCCCUGUGUGGGCUGGGCAGGGCCUUUCUCAUUGGAGCUGGGAGGGCCCUGAGGUCACCCAUCCGGAGUGGUGGAGUCGGGGGCCGUGUGAAACUCUGAGGAUGUGGCUGGGGCUCAGGGCACCCCCCCCCACCCCAAUUCCGGCCUCUCCUGGUCUGGUCCCCGAGGGACUUGAGACGCAGGAGCAGUCUGCAGACACCCAGCCUGCCUCUGGACGCCCUCCCCCCACACACUGCUCCUGCGUCCCCCUGCUACGGCUCUCCAGAUGACCAUCCUGCAGGGCCACCUUUCUGUGUCCGUCCCGCUGUGCUCCAAGGUGAAGCCAAACUACGGUGAAGCUGGCCCUGGCUUUUCUCACCAGAACCUCCUGCCACCUCCUGGCCCGCUGAAGGCCGUUGAGCUGGGCACAGCUCCCUCAAGGCCUGGACAGACUAUGCCUCUAAAUGGCCUCUGAGCCCCUCAGCAUCACCACCCCACAGCUUCCACGAACUGGGUCCCGUCAAGACACAAGGUGGGGGUGGGGCUGCAUUCUCAGGGAUGAACUGGGGGCCCAGGACCCAGACUUGUGGGACUUGGGACAGUCCCUUAGAUAAGUGACAUCCACGACCGAAGAUUGUGCCACCUCCCGAUGAGCAGAUGGCAGGGUGUCUACCUCACCUUGGGCACCUGGAAGGGCUGGUGCUACCGUCUUCACCUACAACUUGCUCCAUCAGGGCCUGACAGCCACCGAGGGGAGCGGGAGCAUCCUUGGGACCUGAAAGGGGCUGGCACCACUGACAAGGAUGUGCACACAGCUUCAGACUCGGGGGAAGGAGAUCUCCGUCGUGUCGUCUCCGUGGUUUCCUCCUGCCCUUGGGUACCACCGCUGGCUCAUCCAAGGAGCCCACGCCAGGUGUACCCGUGGAGCUCACCUCUGAGCGGAGAUGGAGGGUGAGCCCGAGGCAGGUGCUGACUCCGAGGGCAGUCCCACAGCCCCCUGGUGCCACCCUCCUGCCCCCAGCAUCUCUGCUUUCAUCACUGGGGUGUUUCUCCAGGGCUAAGUUGGGUGAACAGACCCUGCAGAGAGCAGGUCUGUACCCCAAGUGUGACAACCCCCUCACCAUCCACUGAUCCUUGCACUGGGCUUUCCGGUUCCACGAAGGGAGUAUAACUUACUCUGAUGAAAAGGAAGAGGGGAGCUCUGUGCACCUAACUCCUCGCGAUCUAGGUUAGUGGCCCCAAAACCCCUCGCCAUGAAU